AUUCAAAACCCUAGUCUAAACAAACGAAGGGCUUCAGCCAGUCUUCAAUCUUGUUCUCUCUCUCUCUCUCUCUCUCUCUCUCUCUGUGGCGCUCGCGUGAGGUUUUGACACACAGAAUCUACUCCGGCCAGGGUUUUCUCUACUUUACGGAGACACAAUGUCGAUGUCGAAGAGCUCCAAGAUGCUCCAAUACAUCAACUACCGCAUGCGGGUCACCAUCCAAGAUGGUCGCCAGCUCGUCGGUAAGUUCAUGGCCUUCGACCGCCACAUGAAUCUCGUCCUCGGCGACUGCGAGGAGUUCCGCAAACUCCCUCCGGCCAAAGGCAAGAAGAGCAACGAGGAGCGAGAAGACCGCCGCACCCUCGGCCUCGUCCUCCUCCGCGGCGAGGAGGUCAUCUCCAUGACCGUUGAGGGCCCACCGCCACAGGAAGAGUCACGUGCCAAGGCCGUGAGCGCCGCCGCCAUGGCCGGUCCGGGUAUUGGCCGCGCCGCUGGCAGAGGAAUCCCCACCGCUCCACUCACUCAGGCCCAGCCCGGUCUCUCCGGCCCAGUUCGCGGUGUUGGUGGGCCUGCACCCGGCAUGAUGCAGCCGCAGAUCUCCCGUCCGCCGGUGCCUCAGCUUUCGGCUCCGCCCAUGACCUAUCCCCCGGCUCCGGUUAUCCGACCUCCUGCUCAGAUGCCGGGGUUUCCAGGUCAGGCUCCGCCUCCUAUGUCUCGGGGACCUCCGCCGCAGGUUCAGCCACCGCAAUUCGCUGCUCGGCCCGGUGGUGCGCCGCCGCAGUAUCAGGUUCCGCCUCCUCAGUUUGGUCAGAGACCCAUGGGGCCUCCGCCUCCUGGGCAAAUGAUGAGAGGACCACCUGCUCCGCCUCGCCCUGGAAUGCCCGCCCCACCUCCGCCUCGUCCUGGAAUGCCACCUCCACCUGGUGGUGCCGUUCCUAUGUUUGGACCACCACGCCCUGGAAUGCCUCCUCCGCCAAAUCCUCAAAACCAACAGCAAAAUCAGCAACAAUGAUCGGUAUAUUAAAAGUGUUCUGAAUGUUUUCACUGUCUGCUGUCAUUUGCUGUCUCAGACUCGAUCACCAUUUUUAGUGGUUUGGACCAGUGCGAAUCAUUUUCUCCUCUUGUAUUUGGGAUUUUGUUGAUGUUAUGUUAGUAGAUAUUGUUAUGAUUUAGCACAGUAUGACCUAUAUGUUAGUACAACCCGAUGAUUAGAUCUUCAGUUAGCGCAAGUUGCCCCGUAUUUAUAUGUGACUCAGUCUUUGUCUUAUAUAAAAUUACAUUUGAGUUAUAUUAGAACGACAUGAUUGAAAGUA